GCCUGCCCUCCCUCCGCCUUCGAGCCGAAGGUCCGAAGAAAGCAUUUGCAAUUUUCUCUGCAGAUUCAAGCUCGCAUCCCCGGCGUGGCGUCCCCCGUUCUUCCCUGAUCGCAGCCCUUCGCAUCGAACGCAUCGGGUCGUGAUCGGCGAAGCCUCGAUCGGAAUCGGGCCCCUCGCCAGGCCCCCUCGUUUCGGUAGGAAAUCCGGUCACCGAUUUCCCGGGACGAUGGAGGAGGAGGAGGAAGGCAGGGUGAGGCGGCUGAUCGAGAAGGCGACCGACACGACCGCCUCGGAGGUCGACCCUCGCCUCCUCAAGGCCAUCAAGUCCGUCGUCCGGUGCUCCGAUCCGGAGCUCCGCAUCGCCGCGCAAACCCUCAUGUCCCUCAUGAAGCGGAACCACGCUCAGGUGCGGUACAUAUCGCUGCUUAUAAUUGAUGAACUCUUUAUGCGAUCAAAGCUGUUCAGAACCCUUAUCGUCGAGAACUUGGAUCAGUUGUUAAGCUUCAGCAUGGGCUUCCGGAAGAAUAUGCCGCUACCAGCACCUCAAGCUGUUGCAUCUCGUUUGCAUUCCAAGGCCAUUGAGUUUUUGGAGAAGUGGAAUGCUUCUUUUGGUGUUCAUUACAGACAGCUUAGAUUAGGAUUUGAUUACUGCAAAAACAAUCUUAGAUUGCAGUUCCCUGAUACACAGGGAAAUGCAGCUAGGAUUCAACAGGAGAGAAGGGAAAGGGAGAUUAGAACUCAAGAAAUUUUACGCAAAAAAUUCGAAACUCUCAAGGAAAGUUUUCCCUUGAUAAGGGAAGAAAUACAAUCCACGGUGAAUGAGAUCGAGGAAUGUCUGGAUAUAGUUAGUAGUAAGGAGGAGCCAGUGCCACUUGUCCCCCUUGAUGAUGAAGAUUGUGAUGAGUUUCGAUCUCGUGAAAUCCUGCAGCUACGUCUUGCAUCAUUGAAAGAAGCAGAAAAGGUUCAUGAGGAUGUGGAUAACAAAGUUUUGUUUGAUGCAUUGAGGGAGCUGUACAGACUUCUAGUGACAAGGCAUUUAAUUUCUGUACAAGAAUGGAUCACUGUUGUUGUUAGAGUAGAUGUGACAGAUAACAGGCUGAGAGAUUCGACUUUGAAGGAGUUAAUCGACGUUCAAAAUAGGAUUCAGUUAGUGAAGAGGAAAUGUGAACAACUAGUUUCUGCCUUACCAAGUACUGCAAAGCAUGACCUAGAAGAGGAAGAAGAUAUCUGGGAAGAGGGAAAGAUUCAACCGAGUGAUAAUGGGUCUUCAACAACACUGAGAAACCUGUAUGAAAAUCCCUCUGUUCCAUCAACAAGUGGGUUGAAAAGCAUGACUUCUGAAUGCAGUAUUGGAGAAUCCGGUGGCAAUAAGGACUCCAAUGAAACAGACUCUGGAAAAAAUACUUCGAGGACUAAGCUCUUGUUACAAGCUCCAGUGAUGAGAUGGGGCUCUUACUUGGAUACUUGGGGUUCGAACAGUGGUGUUCUGGCUAAUCAGAGGGGAUUGGAUCUGGAAAGUCAUUGGGGUCGGGUAGACUAUGAUGCUGUUAUUCCAGCAGAAAAAAUUGCAGAGCUGAAUGUUCAGGCAACUCUAUACAAAGAAGAGCAAGUAAAUAUUAAACCAUGCCAUGCUCCUUUAAGCAGAGGGGGCCUCUGUCAGAGAAGAGAUUUAAAAGUUUGCCCCUUCCAUGGACCCAUUAUUCCUCGUGAUAGUGCUGGUCAUCCACUUGACCCGGAUGUCUCUGCAGAUGGUAGAACUUGUGGUCCAGAGACUGAUGUAGUGAAGCAGUUGGCAAAACAAGCUGUGAAGAAUGUCAGGACUCAAGAUAGAGAAGAAAUAGAGAAGAGAAUAAAUGACAAGCAAUCAUUGAAACGUGCCAAGCUAGCUAAAAUUCGCGAACACAAUGAAGCAGUUCUUCGUGAAGCUGCAUUGGCUUCCACUUCAAGAUCCGCAGCUAUUGCAGAAGACAUUGACAGUAUUGGUGCUGAUAAACCAUCAUCCAGAAAUAAGAAAGAAACACUCGCAGCCAUGCUGCGCAAAAAAGUGACGACGAAAGAUAGAUUGUCUCAGAGACUUCUGAAUGCCCGUGCAACAGAUGCAGCAGUCAGGCAACUGAGGUCGGAUGAAGAUUCAUGUUACAGAGAGGCUUUCCCAAACCAGUGGUAGAUGAAUGUUUUUUCCUUAAUUUAACGAAAGAAGUGUGUGGCUACAGUAGUGGCUUUCAGUGUAUAGAUGAAGACCGUAAACUUUGCAUGUCUAUAGUACAGCUUGUAGGCAUGUCGGAGAUGAUUGCUUCUCAUUUUUCUUUCAGUUUAGCUGAGAACUAGGAAUUAGACUUAAGGAACAAUUCUUUGCUCAACUUUUGUAUUCUUGACACUUAUGAAAUAUCAAUAAGAAAAUAGAUUGUACGUUUCCCUUAA